AUGGGAAAAUAUGUUGCCGCCAUUCUACGCAACCCCGCCGCCCAUUAUGGCAAACAGAUCCUCGCCGCGUCAGACUACUACACGACUAAGCGCAUCCUGAGUGAAUUUGAGGAGGUAACGGGGCGCAGAGCAAACUUUGUUCAGGUCGAUGCGGAGACCUACAAGAGCUUCCUGCCUCCAUCUAUGGCGCAGGAGAUGCUCGAAAACCAUCUUUUCAUUGAAGAGCCCGGGUACUAUAGGGGCCAGUCGCUGGAGGCAAGCGAAAAGCUGCUAGCUGGGGUAGGGCUAAGGUCGACGUUAUGGAAGGACUUUAUUAAGAAGAAUAAGAACGCUCUCCCUUAG